CCAGUUAAGGAGGGGGAAGAUGGGCAGGUGGACCCAACUGGGGGAGGAUGAAUGCUGGAAUUGGGAGACAGCGGAUAGUGGAUGAUGGGUUCAGGGAGAUGACUAGAGGAGCCUCCACAGGCACCUUCAUUCUCAUUUCAUCCACGGUGGUGUAGUGGUUAGAGCAGUCCUUUCCAGCUCGGGGCAAUCCCCAGUUCAAUUCUGGAGCCAUUCUGUAAGGGGUCUCUGUUUGUCCUCCCCGUGGAAUGCUUGGGUUUUCUCCAGGUCCUCUGGUUCCCUCCCACAGUCCGAAGAGUUUCAGGAAAAAUUGGAAGAUAUGCUGUGCCUGCCAUUUUGGGGCCGUUGAACGAGAGAAACUGAAAUCGUACAUCUAUGUCCAGACUGCUCCACUGGAACAGCGAGGGUUGCAGGAAUUUACAAGAAACCUGCGAAAGGAACUGCACAGGGCAGUUAAGAGACUAAUCCAAGCAACGGCUGGUAUUUUUUCCUUAUCACUGGAUGAGAACUACAUGAAACUAGAUGUGGAAGACCAAGAGUCUGAUUUGUGGCUGCUUCUAAAACGGACCCGAUCUACGUUAAAAGCUGUCCGAGUGCAAGCAAUCCAGGCCCUGGCAAAGAAAUAUCGCUGGCAUGAUUAUCAGUACAGAACUGUGGCCCAGGCUUGUGAUCAGAAAACUUGCAUAGGGCUAGCCAGAUCUAAAGACAUUGAUCUACGCUUCUUUUUACGCCCUCCUUUACCAAAGUCAAUUGAGGAUUCGUACAUCGAAGAUGAACUAAGAAACCUGCUGGCAUCCCUGCCCCAGGCUGAAGUGGAUCAGUGUGUGCAAUACUUCACUUCACUGGCUUUACGGGAGAGCAAUCAGGCUCUGUCAGCACAAAGGGGUGGCCUGUGGUGCUUUGGAGGAAAUGGCCUACCUUAUGCACAGAGUCUAAGCACUGUCCCAAGUGAGAAGGUUGAAUCGUUUUGUCUGCAAGCUCUAGCUAAACAUUCUGAGGUACCCAGCCACUGCGAUGCAAUCGUAGUAAAUGGAGGCUUGCAGUUGCUCCAAAAAAUUUACCAGCUACGCCAAGAUUCUCAAAAAAUUCAAAGGAACAUCAUUCGGACAAUCGGAAAUCUGGCUUUACAAGAGCAUCUCCACUCGGCCAUUGCACAGUCAGGAUGGAUUGGUAUCUUAGCUGAGGUGAUGAAAUCGCCGCAUGUUAUCCAGGCUUCACAUGCUGCAAGGGCUUUGGCCAAUCUGGACAGGGACACCGUGGAAGAGAAGUACCAGGAUGGAAUAUAUAUUCUUCAUCCACAGUACAGAACAAGUCAGCCAAUCAAAGCAGACGUUCUCUUUGUCCAUGGCCUGCUGGGAGCAGCUUUCAAAACCUGGCGACAGAAGGACCGCACCGAUGUGGAGGAUAAGAACGCUGACUAUGCCGAAUGUUGGCCCAAGGCCUGGUUAGCUGCAGAUUGUCCCAGUCUGAGGAUUCUAACAGUGGAGUAUGACACUCACCUCAGUGACUGGAGAUCCAAGUGUCCUGUGGAGAACGAGAGGAAAUCACUGGCCUACAGGGGUCGGGAGCUGCUGACCAAACUGAAAGCUGCAGGUGUUGGAGACAGGCCAGUGGUGUGGGUAGCACACAGUAUGGGAGGCUUGUUAGUCAAAAAGAUACUUUUAGAUGCUUCAGAGGACCCUGAAAUGAGGUCAGUGGUUCAGAAUACCCAAGGGAUUGUGUUUUACAGCGUACCUCAUUGUGGAACUCAUCUCGCCGAGUACUCUGUCAAUGCCCGCUUUCUGCUCUUCCCUUCCGUUGAAGUCAUGGAGCUUAGUAAAGAUUCACCUGCUUUGACGGAACUGAACAAUAAUUUCACCAGGCUGAUUAAGGAACAAGAAGUUAACAUACUGAGCUUUGGAGAAACGCUUCCUACAAACAUUGGAAGUAUGAUCAAACUCCAGGUGGUACCUCUAAAUUCAGCAGAUUUGGGAAUUGGGGAUUUUAUUCCAUUGGACGUUAAUCAUCUGGAUAUUUGCAAACCCAGGAGCAGAGAUUCCUUCAUUUAUCGGAGGAGUCUGAAAUUUAUAAAGGAUGCUUUAGCACAAGAGCUUGAAAGCUGAAUCACUCCCCCGUUCAGAGUUUCCCCAAAGUGCCAAAGUUUUCAUUCUAUUUUCUGUGGUGCAUUCUGGUAAAGUUUCAUCAUGUAACUAAAGCUUGAAAAUGCCAAGAAUGAUAACAUUCAAGGAUUAUAUUAAAAUUGUAUAUAAUAAAGGGCAAUGUAUUUAAAUAACUUAUGUUCUGACAACAUUCAGAUUACUAUUUUGUUGAAAUGAUAGAUAACCAAGUAUAAAAAUGCUUCAAAAUUACAGAAAGCAAAAGGAUUAUUUAUUACGGAUUGGAAUUGUUUAAUUUAACUUUGCUCCUUGAAUUUUCUGUGUGGCCUUUCCUGUAAAGUUAAAAUUUGAAUUAGCCCAACUUAUGCAAUACUUUUUAGUUUUCCUCUAGAUGUGUCUAGGAUUGUAUCUGAUUCUGCAGCCUUUAUUUGGCUUAACAGUAAUAAGAUGGUAGCAUAUGAAAAUAUUUAACCAGUUAAACACAUUGAGUGGUGUUGCCAAUCUUCCCACAUUUGGGUUUUUUUCCCUUUGGUAAUAAAAACAACAGUAUCUGCUAUGUGAGUGCUUCGUCUGAAGUGUAAUCACAGUUGUGAUCUUGGAAACUGGGCAGUCAAUUUGUCCACAAGAAGAACCACAAAGUGCAAUAAACUUGUGGCGUCGCUGUCUCAGCACGGCACUUAAUUUAAUUAACUUUGCAUUGACGUGGACAAAGCAACAAGAGCUGUGAAUGAGCCAUGGUGGACUGAGGGACAGGAGUGGGAUCACAUCUUCCAGUAAUGAGGUAGUAGGAGUCGGAAUGUGAUGGAAAGAAAUGCACGUGCUUGAAAUCUGAAAUAAAAGCAGAACUCAGCCGGUCAGACAGUACUUCAGGGGCUGCGUUUCGGUUUGGAAAGUGCAAGGUUAUUUGGGGCAAGGAAAGAUGUGAGUAAUUGGAUUCAGCGAGUGUUACAUGCUAAAGGUGUUGCAGAGGCAUUCAGCACAGAAUCAGGCCCUUUGGCUCAACGCAUCCAUGCCAAACAUGGUGCCUAUCUGAGCUAGUCCCAUUUGACUGACUUUUGAUCCAUAUCACUCCACCUUUCCUAUCCAUAUACCUUCUGUGUUGGAAUUAUACCUGCUUUACGAUUUCCUCUGACAGCUCUUUCCACAUCCCUAUUACCAUCUGUGGAAACAGUUCCCCUCGGGUCCCUUGUUAAUCUUUACCCUCUCAUGAAAGUUGAAUUUGUAGGGAAAAUGAAUGAGAGGAAAGAACUUGCCCUUACCCUCAUAUCAUCAACUAGAUCCACCUAUCACCUGUCAGUUCUUCCUCUACCCCAACCUCCCCCCCCCCCUUAAAAUGCCACUUCUUUCUUUCCAGUCCUGAUGAUAGUAGAUGGCUGUCCCUCUGACUUGGACACUUGUGACUGGAGGUGUGCCGCAGGGAACUUGAUCCAUUGUUGUUUGUCAUCUGGAUGAUGAUGUGGUAAACUGGAUCAGCAACUUUGCACAGGACACCAAGAUUGGGGCUGAAGUGGACAGCAAGGAAGGCUAUCAAAGCUUGCAGUGGGAUCUAGAUUUGCUGGAAAUAGUGGCUGAAAAAUGUCAGAUGGAAUUUUACUGCAGACAAGUUUGAGGUGUUUCGCUUUGGGAAGGCAAUUCAGAGUAGGACUUGCGCAGUGAAUGUUAGGGCAUUGAGGAGUGUAGUAGAACAGAGGAACCUGGGAGUACAGAUCAUAAUUCCUUGGAAGCGGCAUUACAGGUACAGUACUGUGCAAAAGUCUUUGGGUACCUAAGCCUUAGGUAAGGUGCCCAGGACUUUUGCACAGUACUGUAUUUAUCAACAUAUGCAGAGUGAAUUUGUAAGUGUGGCAGGAGAAAAGGAUGUUGGGAAUGGUGAGGAUGGAGCACUGCAGGAGGGGUGUGGGACAGGUGGCAGAGGAGUGCUGGGGUGGGGGAUGGAGCGGGUGGAAACACAGACAACUCCAGGCAAGGUCAUUUGAUCCAAACAAAUGCUUUAUUGGUCAUUACAGAAUGUCACUCUGGUGCUUCCGGUUCCCUUCCUCCUUCCCCAACCAUGAUUCCCCUCUGCCUGCCAUCUUCCCACACUCAAAUCAAAAUAAUUUUCAUGGGAUCUUAGAAGAAGAAUUGUGGAGAUGCAUGAAGCUGGAAAGGGCUGCAAAAGUAUUUCUAAAGACCUGAGUGUUCAUCAGUCCACUGUAAGAGAAACUGUCCUACAAAUGGAGGAAGCUCAGUACUGUUGUGGGCAUCCUGCAAAGAUCACAGCAGGAGCACAAUGUGCAAUGCUGAAGGGAGUGAAAAAGAAUUGGAGGGUAAUAGUAAAGAUAUGCGGAAAUUGCUACAACUUGCUGAAGUCUAUGUUCAUGUGUCCACAAAAAGUAAAUCUCAUUGCUUCACAUCUCAGAUCUGCAAAAGUCCACCUGGAUGUUCCACAACACUUCUGGGACAGAUGAGACAAAAGUUGAACUGGGCAGAAUGCACACUGCUAAGUUUGGAGGAAAAAGGGGCACUGCACACCAACAGCAAACCUCAUCCCAACUGUGACGCAUGCUGGAAGGAGCAUCAUGGUGUGGGGCUGCUUUGCUGCCCGGGGCCUGGACAGCCUACAAUUGUUGAGGGAAUGAUGAAUUCAAAAUGGUAGCAAGACAUUUUACAGUAGAAUGUUAGGGUAGCGGUCCGUCACCUGAAGCUUAAUAGUAGUUGGGUGAUGCAACAAGACAAUGAUCUGAAACACAAGAGUAAAUCAACAACAGAAUGGCUUAAAAAGAAUAUUUGUGUUUGGAAUGGCCAAGUCAGAGCCCAGAACUUAACCCAAUUCAUAUGCUGCGGCACAGCCUAAAGAGGGCAAUUCAUGCAAGGUACCUCAGAAAUAUCGAUGAACUGAAACAAUCUUGUAUAGAGGAAUGGUGUAAAGUUCCUCCUCGCCAUUAUGCAAGCCUGACCAGCAGUUACAGGAAACAUUUGAUGGAGGUUAUUGCUGCUGAAGGAGGUUCUACCAGCUAUUAGAUACAAGGGUUCACAUACAUUUUCCAGCCUAGACUGAAUGAUUAAACAAUGUGUUGCAUAAA